UCCUGCUCCGCAGAAUCUCCGCGGGCUGGGAGCGCUGGUGGGAGUAGACAUGUGCAGGACCGGCUAGAGGGCCGGGGCACUUAAACAUCUGGUCCAAGUGUUGAGCGGCAACGAAAGCUGUGUCUGGAACCAUGACAGCCUCCCGCCUGGACUUCGGGGAGGUGGAAACUUUCCUGGACAGGCACCCAGAGUUGUUUGAAGAUUACUUACUGCGGAAGGGAAAGCAGGAGAUGGUGGAGAAGUGGCUGCAGAGGCACAGUCAGGGGCAGGAGGCUGUGGGCCCCAGGUCCGCCCUGGUUGUCUCCAGUGACUCGGCUCACAGAGGCAGCAGCGGCAUUGGCCGCGGCACUGGACCAGAAGACUCUGCCAUCGGCCAGCCCGCUCCACGUGGCGGGGACUGUGGUGGGGUUCCGCUGAGUCCCAGCUGGGCCAGUGACAGCCGGGGCGAUGGGAGCCUGCAGCGGAGAGCUUCUCAGAAGGAGUUGAGGAAGAGUUUUGCUCGCUCCAAGGCCAUCCAUGUGAACAGGACCUAUGAUGAGCAGGUGACCUCUCGGGCCCAGGAGCCCCUAAGCAGUGUUCGUCGGAGGGCACUUCUCCGGAAGGCCAGCUCCCUGCCCCCUACCACAGCCCACAUUCUCAGUGCCCUGCUGGAAUCGAGGGUGAACCUGCCUCAGUACCCCCCUACGGCCAUGGACUACAAAUGCCACCUCAAAAAGCAUAAUGAGCGUCAGUUCUUCCUGGAACUGGUCAAGGAUAUCUCCAAUGACCUUGACCUUACCAGCUUGAGCUACAAGAUCCUCAUCUUUGUCUGCCUCAUGGUGGAUGCUGACCGCUGCUCUCUCUUCCUGGUGGAAGGGGCAGCUGCUGGCAAGAAGAGCUUGGUCUCCAAAUUCUUUGAUGUACAUGCAGGAACCCCACUGCUGCCCUGUAGCACCACAGAGAACUCAAACGAGGUGCAGGUCCCCUGGGGCAAAGGCAUCAUUGGCUAUGUUGGGGAGCAUGGAGAAACUGUCAACAUUCCUGAUGCCUACCAGGAUCGAAGAUUCAAUGACGAAAUCGACAAACUAACUGGAUAUAAGACAAAAUCUCUAUUAUGCAUGCCUAUCCGAAGCAGUGAUGGUGAGAUUAUCGGUGUGGCCCAAGCGAUAAAUAAGAUUCCUGAAGGUGCUCCAUUUACUGAAGAUGAUGAAAAAGUUAUGCAGAUGUAUCUUCCCUUUUGUGGUAUUGCCAUAUCUAACGCUCAGCUAUUUGCUGCCUCAAGGAAAGAGUAUGAAAGAAGCAGGGCUUUGCUAGAAGUGGUUAAUGACCUUUUUGAAGAACAGACCGACCUUGAGAAAAUAGUCAAGAAAAUAAUGCAUCGGGCCCAAACUCUGCUGAAAUGUGAACGUUGUUCUGUUUUACUCCUAGAGGACAUUGAAUCACCAAGGCAAAGACCCUUAGCAUCUGGGGGUGUGGACUGCAGUCCACACAGUGCUCCUCAGCCCCCUAUGGGAGGAGGAAGUCUGCAGACACUGGAGUAG